AUGGCAUGUGAACUGGAUGAUGACGAAGUAAUGCGUUUACUUGAAGAAAUUAAUUCAGAUGACAGUGAAAUUGAGGACAACAUUAUUGAAAAUUUCGAGGAGAAAGAUAGCGAUGCUGAUCCAGACUAUUAUCCACCUGCAAUUCAAGAUGAACAUAUAACUGAGGUCAUCAUAAAUAUUCAAAAUGAAGGUAAUAAAAAAAAACCUGUGAAAAACAAGGGUAAGAAAAGUACAACCCCCUCCCAUGCUAACACCCGUGAAACAGAGCUACUAAUAAGUUCCAGAUUUUUUUUUGAAAAUGACAACGUAGUUGAAAAGAAUGGAUUUAACUGGAAAAGUAAAUGUAAUUUGAUUCCCUCUACUUCUAAAACCAGUUCAAAAAAUAUUGUACAUAUUACCCCAGAUCCAUUAGGAUUUGCUAUAUUUUCAAAUGAACCGGUAGAGUGGAUUUUAUUAUUUUUAUCUUUCGAUUUGUUAACGAAAAUAAUCAGUCAUAUUAAUGAACCAAUUGUACUCCAAAAAUAA